GUCAUUCAAAUUUAUAGACGGUAUUCCCUAAAUAGUAAAGCAGUCUAUAAAUUACAAUAUUUUAUUGAAAAAGGUAAAAAUUUUUUGGCCUGAUCAUGGAUUAUCGUUCAACUUAUUACGGUUUACCACAAUCCACGUGGACGGCCAACUCCAGGGGUAUCUUGGGAUCAUCACCUAAUCAAAUGAAUUAUUAUCAAAAUUAUAAUAAUAAUAACAUUUUACCUACCAAUUGUCUCUUGAAUAAUAACAACCUUGUUCCUACAGCGAUGAGCGGAUAUUCGAAUUCGCAAAAUAAUUGGUACAAUAGUUACCAAAACCAACAAAUGGACGUUAACUCAAUGUCUAAUCUUAAUAAUAACGUGGGUAGACCCAGGGAUCCUAGAAUCAAUAGAAACUAUACAUCCGGUAACAACAUUACUCGUUUAGAAGAGAUUGACAUGUCCAGAAUUACAAUGUGUCGCGGUAAUGACGCCGUUCCUUAUGAAACAGAUGUGCGUCGCGAACUUCGUAUCGCAGACUCACCACAUAGGUCUAAGAAAAUCAGAAAACCUAACCAUAACUCAGACAACGAGGUCGAAUACUGGGACCCUUUUUGUUGGAUUUGUCACAUGUUGUUAUCAUCGUACAAUGCUACUACCAUUAUGGAAAAUGACCCUCUUCAAGAUAAUUUAAACUGCCAUAUAUGCCAACGAUCCUUUCAUCGUAGGUGUUUAAAUACCGCCGACAUAUUAUCGCUGGAAUCUAGCUGCCAUUUUGAUGCGCAAUUAUGCGUUAUAACAUUCGCGUGCCCCGAAUGUCAAAAAAUCGCUGAAGCGGAAAGCAGCACACGAGGCGCGGAAAAUCGACAAAAAGUCCAACAGAAAUUCUCUCGAGAAAGACUUAAUAAAUUACUUUAUUAUGCCUUCAAUCGGACCCGACGUAUCUUUUUAACAGGCAAAGGCUCCAAAUAUAUCGAAUAUUUCCCCAUGGAUCCAGACUACGUUGUGAAACCAAUGAAUUUUAAUAAUAUCGAAUCAAAUAUACAGCUCAGAAGCUAUAGCUCACCGCAAAGUUUGAUAAGUGAUAUCAAAUAUUUAUACCAUAACACUGCUAUAUUUUAUGGAAAAAAGGAAAGUCGCAGUACCCCCGAAAUCAAUAAUAUGCUUUCCACCCUUAAACUUGUAGAAAAAGUGUGUAAGGAAGAGGUGAGUGAGAUAGAAGCUUGCUCUGAAUGUUAUUACAACGCUCAUACACUUCCUUUCUCAGAAUGGUUUAGUGCUGUUUGCGGAUCCCUUCAUACCCUCGUUUGGGGGAAAAUGAAAGGUUAUCCAUUCUGGCCAGGCAAAGUGGUUAGAAUUCAUCAAGCGAAUAGUAAUGACUCUACAAAUUCAAAUACCGAAAGCAAUACCCUUCCUUCUAGUAUUCCUAAUGCCAACAACAUUAAACUGGAUGUUAGAUUUUUUGGAAAACACGAUAAAUCAUGGCUACCACUCCAAUCAUGUUUUAUUUUGAGCCGACGCCCACCAAGCGGCCCGAUGAAUACUGGUAUACCAUCUCGUUUAAGAAAGGAAUACGACGAGGCUCUAAAUGAACUAGAUACACAUAUAACUAAUUUAGAAAAAAAAUUCGGAGUUUGUUUUCCUUAUGCUGAGGAUAAUACCCUCUUUUCAAUUGAGAAUCCAAAUGUAUCCAAUAAUAAUAGAUCGAAAUAUGACAUUAAUCAAACGCUAAAGUUUUUAUAUUACCAGUUUAAAACUUCUCUUAACGUCAUUCAUAAUAACAAAAAACGAAAGUCAUCGGACUCACCUUACUCUAAUAGUAAUUCCCAAAAAUAUAAUAAAAAAUUAUCUAUUAAACACGCGAAAACCGAUGUUUAUAAAUCAUCUCAUUUCAAAAUUGCGAAAGUCGAAUCGGCUUCAUCCACACAUGUUAAAAGUAAGGUAUAUAAGGUAGAUUCACUUCAAUCAUCUACCCACGAAUUAUCUUCCACUUCUGAUUAUUCCAAAAUUAAGAGUCGUCCGAAGGAUAAAUGCGCUGAUAUACCUCGAAAUACUUUAAUAGCCAAAGAAAAAGAUAUAGUGAAUUCGAAGCAGGAAACACAACAUUCUUGUAUAAACAAGGAUUUACAAAUCGCUUUAAAUUUAGAGGAAGAUGUCAAAAAUAAUGGAAUUACAUGUCAGAAUGAGAGCGAUAAAAAUGUUGGCGCCAAAAGUGAAAAUCCCGCAAUCGUCAAAGAUAUUCCGGAGGAGGUAGGAAAUUCUAUAGCCAUAGCCAAACCAUGUGCACAUAGUUUGUCAAAUAUCAUCGAUCAAAUGAUACAAAAUAUAAAAUCUGUAAAGACGAGUCUUUCUAGUAACAAUUUGGAUGCCAACCAUAUUGCACCUGAAAUCAACUCAUUAUCGUCUAGCAAUUGCGUUAUAUUAAAUGACACGGAAGAUGGACUAAAUUCAAAUGACCAUUUAUUAAACGAGCCUCAAGUUUCUCCAAAUUCAUAUGAUGAUCAUAUCGGAAGUUUUGCAAAAAUUGAUAUGUCAAACAUCGAGUUGAAUAAAAGAUUGGUUAUCCAACUAAGUCCAUUGCAAAUGAGCCAAUAUAAAGAUUUAUCUCACGUUAUUUACAACGAAGAUCGUGAUAACUUGCAUUCUCAAAAUGUUGAAAUAGCUGUCCCGAAAGAGGAUCAAGUUCUUACGAAUAAUGAUAGCCCUUUGUUUGAAGGCGCAAUUGAAAAUUUUCAGAAUAUUGAUGAUUUUGACGCAUAUGCUUAUGAUUUGAUAGAAACUAAUAACGCUGGCACAAAUGAUCUAAUGCUUAAUUUAAAUGAUAGCAAAGAAAAUGAAAUAUUGGAAGAUAUAUCGGACGAUGAUUUAGACGCAACGAUAAUUAGGGAAUCAAAAUCUGGAAAAGCUAUAAAAGAAGCUAAAGACGAUUUAGUAAAGUCACAUUUAGAAAUUGAUGAUAGUUCGGUAUUCAAUCGUAUAGAAGAAGGCACCUAUAAUGACGAAAGAUUUAGCGAAGAAGAUAUAAUGAAGGCGUUAGAGCACAAAAGGGAAACGAUCAUAAAGGAUAUUCAAGAAUGUUUAACCGAGUACCAAUAUGAAACAGAUUUUUUGUCGAGAUCCCAAGAGCUUACAUCAGAGGUGAAGGGGAAUGAUAAUUAUGAUAAGAUCGAGGCCGAAAGGGAUUUGUUCCCAAGAUCCGAAGGGCCAUUAAAUAUCACGAAUUUAAAAAGUGGGGAACUCAGAAAAGACGAUACUGGUGCUAAGAUUAUAGAGGCUAUUUAUCAAGAAAGUGAAGGGACUGAUAUAUUUAUUGAAUCUGUUUCGAAAAAUCAUGAUAUUCAAGUUUGUCGAGAUUUGCAAUCUAAUAUUUCAUCUGAUAUCACUAUAUUAUCUAUUCCUGGCUUAAAUUUCAAAACUAGUGAUAGGAAUAAAGGGAACGAUUUGCUACGAGAAAUUAAUGAUAAAACCCUUAAUUUACUUAAGGAAGAUUCCGUCACAAAGGUUGACUAUAUUGAGCAAGAGGGUAUCUUAACCGAAAUAAUCGAUGUGGAAGAGAUUGAAAGGUUAUCCCCCAAGUUCAUAGAAGACUACAGCACUAAAGUAAUUAUAAAUUGUAACGUUUUCAAGGAUCCACUUGCCAAUGAUAUUUAUAACAUAGAUGUAUCUAAUGUUUUAAAUUCAGUAGAUUCAAAUAUUUUGGGAGAAUCACUAGCAACAGAAAAUAAUGAAAAGGUAUCAAAGGAUAAUGAAGAUGAAGGCAUAAUUCAAACAAGUACAUUAAAAUCUUACGAUAUAUCUGAAGAGUCUGGUAAUGAAAAAUCGUUAAUUCUUUCUCCUUUGAAUUAUUGCAAGCAGUUUUUAAAUAUUAAUAAUAGCUCAUUAAUUUUCAAAGAUCGUUCCUUGCUUAAUAGUCCAUUAGAUAAAAACAAUUGUAUAGAUGAUAACCACAACAAAAUUGAUACAAUUUGUUUGUCGCCAACUUCUGAAGCUAAUACUUAUCAAACUAAUACCAAUCAAAUAUUAAUGGAUGGUGUUAGUAAUAUUGAGGAUAUUGUUGUGAUAAACACUGUGCAAUCAUAUAAUUUUUUAACUCAAGACAUAAUUAAAAAUGAUACCUUAACAGCGACAGAUAGCAGUUUAAAUCAAGCACAAUAUACUGUUCCUAGUUCUUUAGUCUAUAAUAGCGGGAUAACUAGUGGUAAUGAUAACACGGUAAAUGAUUAUGGCGAAGACAGUAGCGAUAUUCAAAUACUGGAUGUGAUUAUAGAUAAUAUAAGUUCGUUUCUUACUAAAAGUCCCUCCUCAGGUUUGGACGAAUUAAACCUUUUACGAAGGAAACCAAAAUGCAUAGCCAAGAAAGAAAUUUUAAGUGAUGAUCAACUGAUCAAAUAUAACAAACAAAACCUAAUAAAUAAUGAUGUGGAAUGUUCAAUUGAUGCUAUAGAUAUUCCUGGAGAAUUAUUUAAUCAAAAUUUACCAUCCAACCUGAAAAAUAGUAUGGAUAAGCAAAGCGAACAUAGCGAUAGCGAAGCCGCUUCUAAUCAAUUAAAUCUCGAGUCUCUCUUGAAAACCAUUGAGUUGAGGAUUAAAGGUUAUAUAAAAGAGCAGAUGAAUUUAAAAGACAAAGAUGGUCUUCUUGCAACUGGCGAUACACCUAUUACUCCCAUAGCCAAUUUAAAAAUCAAGGAUGUUCUAGCUGCAACUGAUGAUAAAUCUAUUAUUCCCAUCCCUAACUUAAACCUUUUAAGAGAUAAUAUUGGCCAUAAGAAUCCAAUUGUCACACCUAUGAAUAAUGAAAAUCAUUUUGAUAUUGUCAUUCCCGCAGAACCAAUUAUUAAUGCAAAUUGUAUCCAAAUACCAUCAACAUCUGAAGAUGAUCCAAUGAAUAUGAUAAAGGUUAAUGGAAAAAGGGAUAAAAAAAAAUAUUUAGAUAAAAAAGCGCUAAAGGAAAUUAUGAUUAACAUUCAUUCGCACUAUAAGACGCAAUUGGAAGAUGCAAAUAAAGAAUUUAAUUAUCGGCAUACUAGCUUAAAAUUACACUUCGAAUUAGAAAAAGAUGACCUCAAGAGUAUUUUUACGGAACAAAUAAGUGCUCUUCAAAAUCAAAUAAUUGAAAACAAGAAAAAACAAUGGUGCGUAAGUUGUUUUAAGCAAGCCUUCUCUUAUUGCUGUAUCGGAGUAUGGUAUUGUAGUGUCCACUGCCAACGUAAUAACUGGCCUCUUCAUAAAGAGAAUUGUGUCGAAUACAAGAAUAAAGUGGUGGCUACACCUGUUAACCCGAACAAUAUUUUUCAUAAUUAUAAAAAUUUGAGUAAUCCAAACACAUCGAGUUUUAAUAACAACAAUGUGAUAAGAACUGGCAAUUUUAACAACCGGCUUCCAUAUUUGCACCAAAAUUCCAUUCCACAAAUAUAUAGCAAUACUACCCCCUCUUAUUAUAAUAACAUUGAUACCAAUAACAACACAAAUGUAAGUAGCAUGAUUCAUUAUCCUUCCAAUAUUCGCGGUAGACAAAACAUGACUUCCAGAAUGCUAUUUCCACCAUGCGUUCAGAAUUCUAAUAUAUUAGGGUCUAGUAUUCCAUAUAUUUCUACUAAUUCUAAUCCCCAAAUAAGACGUUACUUGGAAAAAGAAAAUACGAAUCAUUUGCUUAACAUCCCUAAUUUUAAUACUAUGAACAGCGAUAAACAUAAAGAAUCUCACACAUAUUUUUCUCCGCCAACAAAAAUGCCUAGGUUGAAUAAUUAGUGGCAAUAUUAAAUUUACCUCUUUAAGAUCUUCAUAAAUCAAUAACCCAUUAAAUAAUAUUAAAAA